AUGUACAUAAACGCAGAAGAAGCCGAAAAUGAGAUCCUGAAACACAAAGAAGACCUAAAGUAAGAUCAUUUUUGCAAGUUUUGAUUCGAUUUUUAGAAAUCAGGCCAAAGAGAUGUUCAUGCACGCUUAUACGGCCUACAAAACACAGGCUUUCAUGGCCGAUGAGAUCAUGCCCAUCUCGUGCAAACCUCGAAUAAGGGGAAAAACGUUGUCCAGGGGAGAUGUCGAUGAUUCAUUAGGCAAUUUUUCACUUACCUUGGUGGAUUCACUGGACACUCUGGCCGUUUUGGACGAACUGGACGAGUUUGAAGAGGCGGCGGCAGCGAUUAUUCGCGAAGUCAGAUUCGAUUCAGAUUUUACGGUAUCAGUUUUCGAGACCAAUAUUCGAAUGGUUGGAGGACUCAUAUCAGGUAAGGAGAGUGUCUCUGACCAAAUUUGGGUAUUGAAUAUGAUUAUAUAGGGGUUUUUUUGACUUGAAAAACGAUUCUCACGCUUAUUAUAACAUAAUUUAUCUUCAGGGCAUCUGAUGGCUAAACUAAUACAAGAUAAGCAUCCUCAACGAAUGCCCUGGUACUCGGAUCAGCUUCUAAAUAUGGCCGUGGACCUUGCUGAUCGACUAUUGCCGGCUUUUAAUUCGACCAGUGGUGUGCCGUACUCAAAAAUCAAUUUAAAACGAGGAUUAAGCCCAGAAUUGAAACAUCAAAGUGAUACGUGCACAGCAUGUGCGGGAACCAUUAUUUUGGAGUUUGCCACCCUCUCUCGUCUCACGGGUAAUCCCAUCUACGAACAGAAAAGCCGAAAAGCCAUGGACUUCCUGUGGAAUCAACGGAAUCACGGCUCCAAUCUGAUGGGCACUGUGUUGAAUGUGCAUUCCGGGGAUUGGAUCAGAAGAGAUGCCGGGAUCGGCGCUGGGAUCGACUCCUAUUAUGAAUACACCCUAAAAGCUUAUAUUUUGCUGGGUGAGGAAGAUUAUCUACAUCGGUUUAAUACCCAUUAUGAAAGCGUCAUGAAAUACCUGAAUAGAGGCCCACUUUUUGUGGAUGUGCAUAUGCAUCGACCAACAAUCGCCGCCAGGUCAUACAUGGACGCUUUGUUGGCCUUCUGGCCGGGAGUUCAGGUCCUCAAGGGCGAUUUGAAAGGAGCAAUUGAGAUGCAUGAGAUGUUAUAUCAAGUUAUUAAGGUAAGUGCAAGAAAUUUUGAUCAAAGGAUAAAAAUUUUGGGGAGAAUUGGGUUGAGAAUGAAAAAUUAGGAGGUGUUUAGAAAAAUCUUCUUGUUCGGAGGAAAAAUUUGUGAUUUUUUUUGCGUUUCUUAUUUGGAAAAUCGCAUUUUUCGUCACAAAAAGCCUCUCUUCAAAAGCGAAAAAAGAUUGGGUGAAAAAAGAAAGAGCCCGCUGCUAGUGUCUUUAUGGCUCAGUUGGUAAGCGGCGCGCUGUUGCACGCCGAACCAGCUGGGUUCGAUCCACACUGCCGGUGACGAUAUUGAAACCGCCCCAGGCAUAAAUUUGUUGAUGAUUGGUGAUUCGCGGAGGCUUUUGCUUUUACAAUUUUAAACUGAAGAAGUGCAUAGGUGUUUGAAUUGAAUUUUACUGGCUAAUUUUUGAGUUUUGAAUGAAAUUGUUGUUUUAGAAGCACAAAUUUUUACCCGAAGCCUUCACCCAUGACCUCCAAAUCUAUUGGGCCCAACAUCCCCUGAGGCCGGAAUUCCUGGAGUCCACUUAUUUGUUGUACAGAGCCACCAAGGACCCGCAUUAUCUGGAAGUGGCGAAAUCCGUAAUGGAUUCGAUGAAUCAGCACGUCCGCGUUGCCUGCGGAUAUUCGGCUGUGAAGGAUGUGAGAUCCAUGGAAUUGCUCGAUGAAAUGGAAAGCUUCGUCCUCGCCGAGACCUUCAAAUACUUGUACAUGAUAUUUGCGGAACCUACGGACCUCUUAUUUGACCCCGACAACUAUGUUUUGACCACUGAAGCCCAUUUCUUACCCUUGACCAUUGGAGAAUCGAGAAGUCCGGACUCAUUGCCGAGAAGAAUGCUCAUAGAUCCGGACGAAGUGAUCGGAGAUGACACUGCCAAAAAGUAUCAAAGCGCCUGUCCCAACUUUGCGAGUGAAUUUAGAACCGCCGAUGAACUUUCGUUGUAUGGAAAAGGCCUGAGAACGAACGUAAAAAAGUUGCUGAGUGAGGUCGCGAGUCUAGGAUCACUGGCCCCAUUACUACAACCAAGUCACAUGGACUCUCUAAAUGCUGCAGACGUCCAGAAAAAGGCGUAAGUUUUCAAUAUGCUAGAGUUUUUUUGAUUUAGGUACCUACUACAAUAUAAAAUUAAAAAAUUUUAUUAUGACGCUUUUAGUGGCGACCGACUUCGAGCAUGGGCAUUCAGCACCACAAAUGCGGAUCAUAUAGCACAACUGAAAAGAAUGGGCAUCCAAAUUCAAGUCUUACCGGAUGGAAAAAUGCAAUUGAGCCAUAUGGCACAGGAUGUAAGCUUUGAUAUUUUGUUUGCAAUAAUAGUGGUAAAUUUUGGGAGAAAAAUUUUUUUAAAGUUAUUAUGGGGAAUUACGAACGUAUUUUAUCGUUUUUGAAACGACUUUUUUUUAUAUUGGAUACCAAGUGUAAUAUAGUCUUUGGUCUGAGUUUGAUAUAAAGUGGUCACAAGAUAUUUUGUAGGUAGAUGGUUGUGUUUUUGAAGUUUGACAGACUUGAUUUUGGGCUUUUUUGCCGGAAUUGUUGCCUAGUGUAAUAUAAAUUAUUGUCGAUUUUGACUUGAAAUUAAAUUUUGAUGUGGUCUAACGUCUUUUCGUGGGUUUUUAAAGGUCCCAUAUGUCUACAUAUGGGGUUUUUACAACUUAAAAUUUUUUUGUUUUUGACGAUUUUUUAAAAUUUUUCUAUUUUUUCCAGCGGCGGUGGACUUUAGAGCCAAAAAAUGGUCAUAGAAAGUCCCUCAGAAAACAUAAUUUUUUGGCAUAAGGAUGCUCUACCGUACUUGUAGAUGUCUGAAACCAUUCUUUUUGCACUUGAGUUGGCACUUUUCGCAAGGAAUUUACAUUUUUUUUGAUUUCAGAAGUCCACCGCCCCAAAUUCUGGAAAUUCCUGGCAAACUCUGUUGGAUUACCGCUCCGUCUUUGGCGUAAAUUCGUUUCUGGACCUGCAGAAUGACCCGAUUUUCUUCCAAUCCAAACAAGCGCUGGCUUCGAUGUCAGUUGUGCUACUUCUUAUAUUAAUCACCUGGAUAUCUUUGGUCCUGGGCGGAGCUUUCCUAAUGAUUAUCGCGAUGAUCAUGACGAAAUUGAAAAAUUUGGGAAGAAAAUCCGAGAAUUUUGCGGAAAAAGAGGGCGAACAAGAAUUGUUGAGGCUUUUCGGACAAGGGAUCGAGGAAAACGAAGAGACGGCAAAGAAUUUGAGGCCGAAAAAGAGGAAAAAACGAAAAAUUUUGGGGGAAAAUAGGGAUCACAGUGAGGAAUAGGGACUCUGGAAAAUUGAGAUUACUGUAAAAACUCAAAUUUUGGUGAAUUUUUUAGACUUGGGUUACUGUAACAAAAAAAUUUUUUUUUUUUUAAAUUUUUCUAAAUUUUUUUCAGACUACUCUACGAAGGUUUUACAGUAAUUUUAAGUCCAUGUUUGCACCAAAAAAUUUAUUUUUGGACCCUAUUUUGUCAAAAUAUUAUCCAUGAUCCCUCUGUGAUGACUCUAAAAUUUAGGGCUUUAUAUAAGAUUUGCCUCGGUUUUAAUAGGACUUUCGGGUAAGAUACGAAGAUUUAGCGUCUUGAAAACGUUGUAACUCACACUUGACCACUCUUUAUGUACAUACGAGCUCAUAUCAUCACUAUUUUUUUCUUUUGAUUCCUUUGCUUUUUAUACGAGGUAACCAAUUUUUAGAUAUCCAAUAUCAAAAUCUAACGUCAUAAUUGUAAAAUACGACUGUGUUUGGUCUUUAAAAGUGCCAAUGAAUAAAUAAACGAUAGUUUUAUAUUGUUUUUAGACGAUUUUUUGGAUUUUUUAUUGUACUGGGUGUUGAAGAUGAUUUUUAUAUCAUAUUUUAGGCCGAAAAUGCGGCCACGGCCCUCCAAGGCGUUGAAUUCAUCCAGGAAAUGAUCGAAUUUGCCAAAAAUUUGGAGAAAAAUCGUGAGUUUUUGAAAAAAAUUUUAUUGGUUUUUGCGAAAAUUUGGGGGAUAUGUGAAUAUUUUUAGCUCCAAUCCGAGUUGACCCACUGAUUCAACUAGUAUCCGACCCGAUUUUUGGUCGAGAAAUUUUCAAGGCAUCUCCAGCGCAGUUUGGGCCAAGCUUGGAAACCGAAGAAGUGAGUUUUGAACUCGUUUUUGAGACUUGUUUGAUGGUUAGAAACGUCCAAAAUAUUUAUAAUAGAGAGUCGAAGGAUGUCGAGGCCCUGUUUCGCUAAAAAAUCCAGUUUAUUUUGCAAAAUUUUUAAAAAUUUUACCUUAUUUUAGGUGAUUUCUGAAGUCGUUUUUGCCGAGCCGAAUGUGGCUUGCUCCCCGUUGACAAAUUCCGAGGAGAUUUUGGGGAAAAUCGCGGUGAUUCGGCGAGGAGAAUGUAUGUUCCAGGAGAAGGCGAGGUAUGCGCAGGAAGCUGGAGCAGUUGGAGUUAUUGUCAUAGGUAAGGAUAAGAUAAAAAAUUUGGUUUUUGGGAAUAGUUCGCUAGGCUACCGUGACGGACCCGAUCCAGUGGCAAAAACGUGCCAUUUUGCAUCCGGGAAGCAUAAAAAAUGUGGCAAAAUGCCUCCCUCUCCAAGUGAAAAAACUUCGUUUUGAAGGGCCCUCCCAAAAAGAGGCUUUUGAAAUCCGAUUUUUUUUCAUUUGGAGGGAUGCAUUUCGCCACAUUUUUGAUACUUCCCCGAUGCAAAAUGGUACGUUUUUUGCCACUGGAUCAGAUCCCCCACUGUAUGUUAUUGCUGUUUUCCAACUUUUUUUUGAUUUUCAGACAAUCAACGAGGCACCUCGUCCGAGAAAUCGCCUCAGUUCGCGAUGAGCGCCGACGACAAACGCACGGACGACAUCAAACUCCCGUCCAUUUUCCUCUUCGAUUACGAAUCCCAAAGGCUCACGAACCGAAUGAGAGAUGAGCCCAGGCUGCUGAUCAGAAUGGCCACUGAGACCUUGAAUCCCGCCUUUUUAUUCACCCAAUUCUUGAAGGGAAAUUGUUGCGCGAGAAGCCCGUUGGUCAGACAGGUAGGAAAAAAAUUUUUUUUGAUUUUUUAAAAAUUUUGUUGUCUUCAAAACCGAAAAUUGAUUAAAAUCGAUUAAAAUUCCGUAUUUUAGAACAAAAUAUUGGCUGUCGAUUAUAAACAUGGUCUUUUGAGGAUCGAUUUUUGGUUCAAACGAAUGGAAAAUGCGGAAAAUUUGGAGGAAAAACAAAUUGAAGAGGUAAGAAGAAAGAAAAAAAAGUAUUUUUAUAUCUGCUGAAUAAUAUUUUACACAAAAUUGUUGUAGAUCCUGGACGAACAGACCGAACUCUUCAAAAUCGCCGCCAAAUUCCAGGACAAGCCGGAUUCCAUCCGGUUUUCGGGCCUCUUGAGACAAAUCGCCCAUCAGAUCCUCCAUAAAAACGAGAAAAUCGCCUUAGGGCAAGCGGAUAUUCGAAGCCUGAAAAGGUUGAUAAAGUCCGUCAAGCUUCAGAGAAUCCCUCAGAGUGUUUUGAGGCUAAAGGAUCGGACAUUGAGGACGGUUAUUUGCCGGGCAGAGCCGAGAAAUGCCCCGAUUUGUGAGGAAGUCCACAAAAAUUGA